AUGGCUCGUGUGCCACCACAUCCGUCAGCCGGACACGACAACCAGUUGGUCAACCGUCUGGUGCGCGUUGGAUACUACGAGCUGGAAAAGACCAUUGGCAAAGGCAACUUUGCUGUUGUCAAGCUGGCCAAACAUGUGGUCACCAACUCCAAGGUUGCCAUUAAAAUAAUUGACAAGACACAAUUAAAUGAGGAUAAUUUGAAAAAAAUAUUUAGGGAAAUUCAAAUUAUGUCCAAACUUAAUCAUCCACAUAUAGUGAGAUUAUUUCAGGUUAUGGAAACUGAAAAAAUGAUUUAUUUGGUAACUGAAUAUGCUGCUGGAGGAGAAAUUUUUGAUUUUCUGGUAAAAAAAGGAAGAAUGGAUGAACCUGCUGCUUGUCAUAUUUUUAGACAAAUAGUUGAAGCCGUUAGCUAUUGCCAUAAUAAAAAUAUAGUUCAUAGAGAUUUAAAAGCAGAAAAUUUGCUUUUAGAUGCUGAUAACAACAUUAAACUUGCAGAUUUCGGAUUUAGUAAUCAUUUUUAUGAAGGAAAAUUACUUUCUACUUUGUAAAUAUCUCCUCCUUAUGCAGCACCAGAAUUAUUUCAAGGACAAGAAUAUGAUGGACCAAAAGCUGAUAUUUGGAGUUUGGGUGUAGUACUGUAUGUGUUGGUUUGUGGUUCUCUUCCAUUUGAUGGAAACACUUUAAAAGUACUUCGUGCUAAUGUUCUUUCUGGAAUGUUUCGUGUGCCAUAUUUCAUGUCGGCUGCAUGUGAACAUUUAAUACGACAUAUGUUAGUCAUUGAGCCUGAAAAGAGACUAAGUCUGAAUCAAAUAGAGUCUCAUAAAUGGAUGAAACAGUUGUCUGAACCAAUUACUAAAAGAUUAAUAGUAGAUGUAAACCCAAUGAUGAAUACAGCUGUUAUAGAACUUAUGUUACAGUUACCUGGUCUAGAUAAAGAUAUGAUUGUUAAUUCUGUUCAGCAAAAGAAAUUUGACCACGUCAGUGCAAUUUACCAUUUAUUGGUUGACAAACUAGAUACAACUGUUAAUCAAAGCAACACUGCUAAUCAAUCAUUAGUUAAUGAAACUAGUAUAAAUGGAUCUGUUAACAUCAAUUCAAAUUUAAUUGAAAAUUUACCAUUAUAUUCAAUGUCACUUUAUGCUCAAGAUGGUUCAAUUUAUGAUAGUCAGCAAUUAGAAAAGUAUGGUGAUGUUGAUAUUGGAGAAUCCACUAGUUCAAAUAAGACUCAAGAUAAUCAUCCAGUGACUACUCGUCGUCAUACCGUUGGUCCUGGAAAUGGCUUGAUGACUCAAGUGAUGGAAUCACAUUAUAUAACACACCUUCAAACUGGACGUAAUGUAAAUGUUUUGCCAAAUACAAAUUUACCUUUGAACAUUCCAUUAGUUGAAUUCCAAUCUCCCAAAAAUUUUACAAUCAAAGAUCAACAUUUAUUAAAACCACCACAAGUUAUGGGAGAAAGUAACAACUUUGGUAGACGUGCAUCAGAUGGCGGUGCAAAUUUACAAAUGUCACAAAAAAUGAACUGUACGUUUAGUGAACCGAGCAGCAAGGAAGAUUUAAAAAAACAAGUGAAAAUUGAUCCCAAUGAUUUAAGAAAUGCAAUAAUUGAUCAAUCAAGUAAAGGAAACUUAUUGUCUGAAGAUAAUGUUGCAUCAGCUAGUUCUAGCCGUUAUACCAAAGUAAUGUGCAAUACCUCUAGACAUGGGAUGGGUAACAAAGAGGAAGCUCAAGCCCAACAAACUAAUUUACAAAAUACACGAACUAGACGCAGUGGUGUGUCAACUGUGAUGGAUAGACCCCCAGUCAUUAGUCCUGAAGUGGUGCGUGAAGUAGAAGCACGUAUGAAUCGAGAGUAUGUACCACCACCAUUACCAAUGGUCAGCACUUCUAGACAUAGUCACCGUAUAUCUCAGGUUUCAGUUUUACCAACAGUACAAGAACUGCAUAGACAUUCAGGUCGUGAAAGUUUAAAAGAUGUUAGUGGUUAUUUGCCAUCUGAACGAUAUAGUCCAGUACGAAGAACAAGUGAACCAGUUGUCACGUCUAGUGAAAAUCUAGAUCAACCUAAUAUUCGUAAUAUCCAACAGGAACAUAUUCAGCUUCAACAAAAAAUGAGUGAAAACACAUUGGAUACUUGGGAUCAUGCUGAAUUACAAAUGCUUCAUACAUAUCAUUUACAAAGUCUGCAAACAUUAGUAGAUCAAACUUCAUUUUUAAAUACAACUUCUAAUCAUCAAGGCAAUUCAAAUGUUCUUAGCCAACAUUUGCAAAAUUUGAAUUUACAUCAAACACCUUUAGUUAAUGUUCCACAAACCCAAGGUUCAAUUACUCAAGGUACACCAAAUAUAAUGUCCAAUCAUCAAAUUCCAGUUCCGUUGGACUUGCGAACGAAUAAUAAAAUAAAUCCUCAACCAACUAUCGUAGUAGAAGAUAAUACAAUAGCAAUAGGUGAAGAAAAACUUCUUCCAAAUCCAGAAAUAUCACUUAUGAUAACUAACGAAGAAGGUGGUAUGAUGGAAGUAGACUCAUUACUGACAAAUUCAGUGAAUUCUGUGAAUACAGGUAAUACUUUACUAAAAAAGUCAAGUACUGAUCAACCACUUUCAGCUAUACGUGAUGGUUAUGAAGAAAUCAAUCAUAUGACUGCUGAUAGAAAUAAUAUUAUAACUGAUAUGGACUCUUCAACUUGUUUGAAAACAGCUCCACUUUUUUCUGACUAUAUUCUAAAAAGAACUGCUAGUGAUGCAUUUGUUGUAGACUUGUCUGAUUUCUAUUCGAAUUACACCUCUGGUAAUAUACUCAACAUAGUCAAAUAUUUGAUAUCAUCCAACAUUCGGGUAUGGCCUGUGCUAGAUAGACAAAAUGUGUUGCAAUUUCCAACAGGCUUGCAAAUUGAACUGGAAGUGUGUUCAAACGACACAGGUGCCAAUUCAUAUUUAAAAAUUCAGCGACUCUCUGGAGAUUCAACUGAGUACAAUAACAUUUGUCAUAGGCUGGUCGAAGACUAUUUACCUUGUAACGAAUAAUAUUAUUAAUCAUUAUAUUACUUUUAAUCUUUUCAUGGCUGUGCUACUUUUGUGAAUGCAAUUAAUUAAUAUUAGUCAUUAGUUUUAAUAAGAAUCUUUCGUUAUUAGAAUUUAUACACAAAGACCUUAAUCAUGCAGUUGUGAAUUAUAACUAAUCAUCUUUAUCUUAUACGGACUGAUUUCAAUAUAAAUUAUAUAUUUUACCAAACUCUUAUUUGAGAUUUCCAUUUAAAUAAUUAUAUUUUAUAAAUUUUUAAUUAAAUGUGCGUUUGUAAAGUGGCAGCACAAAAUGUAUUCCAUUUGUACUAUUCCAAUAACCAUGUAAUCAAAUAUAUUGUAUAUUUAGCUAAUAAUAUGUGAAUGCUGUUAUUGUAUAUUUAUUUCCAAUUGUUAAAAUAAUUUUAUGAUAUUGUUAACUCGUUUUUUUUCUAAAUUUAUACAUUUAAUAUGUCUUAGAGCAUCUGACAUUAAAAUAAAUGCAUAUAAGAAUAGAAUAUUUCAUAGUUAUAGCAAAUAUUUUUUUUUUAGAAUAAUUAAUCAAGUCUUGAUCAAAACCGUAUUAUACUCGCAAUAAAUGUUAUCAAAUUUCAUAACUCUAUCAGUUCAGAAGUCUUAAAUUAACCAAAGAGUUACUAAAACUUGUAUAAUAUAUUGUUAUAAUAAAAAAAAGAGUUUAAAAUUUAUUUGGUAUUUAAAAUUUUACUUCUGGGCUGU